UAUUAUACCCAAAAGAGUGGGACAGUAUUCUCCUCUGUUUCUCCGUUUAUGUACUCCUUUUAAAACCAGUAAAUCUCUACUGAUACCGCAACCACCCAAAAUGGAUCAAAUUUCCCCAAAACCCAAACAGAUAUUCAUCUUAUCCGGCCAGAGCAACAUGGCGGGUCGCGGCGGUGUAACUAAACACCCGCACCAGCAUUGGCACUGGGACGCCGUUGUCCCACCAGAAUGCCAGCCGCACCCAGACAUCCUCCGUUUAACAGCCGGCCUGCAGUGGGUUCAAGCCCACGAACCACUCCAUGCGGACAUCGACUCCAAAAAAGUGUGCGGGGUGGGACCAGGGAUGUCAUUCGCCAACGCUGUGAGAGAGCGCGUCGGAGUGGUGGCUCUGGUGCCGUGCGCCGUCGGUGGAACGGCGAUUAAACAGUGGGCGCGUGGAGAGGCUUUGUAUGAGACGAUGAUGAAGAGGGCGAAAGAAAGCGUGAAGGAUGGCGGAGAGAUCAAGUGUUUGUUGUGGUAUCAAGGAGAGAGUGACACGUCUAGUGAGCACGAUGCUGAGGCGUACCAGGGAAAAAUGGAGAAGCUAAUUGAAAAUGUGAGGGAAGAUCUUCAUUUGCCUUCACUUCCAAUUGUUCAGGUAGCAAUUACAUCAGGAGAUGAAAAGUAUUUGGAGAAAGUAAGAGAAGCACAGUUAGGUAUGAAGGUACAGAAUGUAGUAUGUGUGGAUGCCAAGGGCUUGCAACUGAAAGAGGAUAAUCUCCACCUAACUACUCAAUCUCAAGUUAAGUUGGGCCAAAUGCUUGCAGGUGCAUAUCUUCAGCAUUUUGCACCAUAAUAACCUCUCCUUACUUUACUUUAAAGGAUUCUCCACUUUUGGUUUUCCUUCUUUUCUUGUUUUGAGAAACAUUUUUUGUUGGCUUUAAUAAAGUUGUUGGUUUGUUUGUUGUAAUUGGUUUUUCAUUUCUGGCAUGUAAAAGUGUGUCAAGGACAAACAAUUUUAGGAAUGGAUGUUCUCUGUAAGGCCAAGCUUUAGGUCACAGAAAGUUGGGUGUA